UCCGACGCCUAACCCCGGUCCCUUCCAUUCGUUCUUCUGCUCUCUUCUCUAAACUGAAGAACUUGAAGGAAAAAAGAGAGGAAAAAGAAUGGAUCUACUUUAGUUUUCUUCAGAAGAGUGUCUGGAAAUCCAAAGCAUUUUGAAUUUCAUCCGGAGGAAAAAUGGCAACAGACAAACCUAGCUCUAAAGGCCAAGCAUGGUUUUGUGCCACUGGUUUACCCACUGAUAUUAUCAUUGAAGUUGAUGAUAUGACUUUUCAUCUCCAUAAGUUUCCAUUGAUAUCCAAAAGCCGAAAGCUUGAUCAGUUAAUAGAAGACCAAGGUCGGAAACCAUCUACCGCAACCGUUGCCAAACAGAAGCAACGUGAAACCGAGACUGAAAUCGAAGAAGAAGCAGAGGAAUAUGAAUAUCAAGAGCAACAAGAUGAAGAAGAAGAGGCUUGUUACCAGAUAUCUCUCCAGGAUUUCCCUGGUGGUUCGGACACUUUUGAGACCGCCGCCAAAUUCUGUUACGGUGUAAAAAUCGAUCUCUCAUCCUCCACCGUUGUUCCUCUCCGUUGCGCCGCCGAAUUUCUCGAAAUGACUGAUGAGUACUCCGAGGAUAACCUUAUUUCCAAAACAGAAAGGUUCCUUUCUCAUUCCGUUUUUAAAAGCCUUAAAGAAUCGAUCAAAGCGUUAAAAUCAUGCGAAUCAGUGAUGACUUUAGCGGAAUCUUUAGGCAUUGUUCAGAGAUUGAUUGAUUCGAUUGCCUCGAGACCUUCUUUUGUAGAUCCGACUCUGUUUGGCUGGCCAGUGAAUGACGGAGCGAUUGAAGCUAAAGGAGCGUCGACUCAAGCUUUAUGGAACGGAGUCGAAACUGGUUUGAGAAGAAAAGCUCUUGCUCGAACAAACAAUGUAGAGUCGUGGUUUGAAGAUCUGGCAUUGCUGAGUUUACCGCUAUUUCAACGCUUCAUUUUAACGUUGAAAGGGCGAGAUCCGAGUUCAGAGGUCAUCGAAAGCUGCCUUAUGUGUUACGCUAAGAAGUACAUUCCCGGAACGUCGCGGUCCAAUCGGAAACCGUCAUCGUCCUCGGCUGCCGCUAUUUCAGAGAGUGAACAGCGAGAGCUUUUGGAAACUAUUAUAUCGAACCUCCCAUUAGAAACGACCUGUUCAACAACCGCGACGCGAUUCUUAUUCGCUUUGUUGCGAACCGCUAAUAUUUUAAAUGCAUCUGAAUCUAGCAAAGCCACGUUGGAGAGGAAGAUCGGUUUCCACCUCGAGGAAGCUACUCUAGACGAUCUAUUAAUCCCUAGCUAUUCGUACCUCAACGAGACGCUCUAUGACAUAGAUUGCGUUGAGAGGAUUUUAGGUUAUUUUUUGGAAGGAUUAGAAGAGGGAAAAGCAGAAGGAAUCGAAGCCGAAAACGAAGGUAACAACGAUAACAUUAUUAAUAGCAGUAGGCUGCCUGCAUUAAUGCUCGUCGGUAAAUUAAUCGACGGUUACCUUUCCGAGAUCGCAACUGACGCCAAUUUGAAGUCGGAGAAGUUCUAUAAUCUCGAAAUUUCACUUCCCGGUCAAGCUAGAAACUUCGACGACGGACUUUACAGAGCUGUUGACGUAUACCUCAAGGCGCAUCCUUGGAUACCGGAAUCGGAGCGGGAAAAGAUAUGCGGAGUGUUAGACUGUCAAAAGCUGACACUGGAAGCAUGCACGCACGCGGCACAAAACGAGCGGUUGCCGUUACGGGCGGUGGUCCAAGUGUUGUUUUUCGAGCAGUUGCAGCUACGCCACGCGAUUGCCGGGACGUUGUUGGAGGCGGAAGCGGCGCCGAUGAAUGUGGGGAGGUUGUCGGAAACGAGGAGAGAGGACGAGGGAGGAGAAGAGGAAGAAAGGGUGGGCGAAUCACGUGAGGAGGAAGGAAGAAGUAGUAGUAGCACGUGGAGAGCAGCCGUAAGGGAGAAUCAGGUGCUGCGACUGGGCAUGGAUAGCAUGAGGACGCGGGUACAUCAACUAGAGAAGGAAUGUUCGACAAUGAAGAAAGUGAUCCAGAAUAUUGAGAAAGAAGGUACACCACGUGGCGGUGGUUGGAGAGGAUCACUGAAUAAAAGGUUUGGGUGCAAGUUCAAGACUCAUGUUUGUGAUUCCCAUGUGUCAGCGGUUGCAGAGACUCGAAGGGGAAGCCAUCAUCAUCGACAAUAGAGGUUCUUGCACAAGAACAUAAUAAUUAAAAAAUAAUAAUGCUUAUUAUUAUUAUUAUUAUUUGCUUUUUUAUUGAACUGUUCUUUUGAGGCACUGGACAACGCAAGGAAUGUAAAUAACGAAAAGGGCAGGUCAUGAUGGGCCAGCAGAGUUAGUAGGGAAGUGUGGAGUAAUUGUUUAGUAAAAAAGUAUUUUUAAAUUUUUGUGGUGCGUGGACGUGCGGGACGCUUGCGUUUGGAGUUCUAGUAAUUAUGAUUUAGGAGUAUUGUCUUUAAAAAUUGAAGUGCG